GCGCCCAUUGGACAGAAUAUAAAGGUUGGAACAUACCCCGAAGAUCGGGGGCCCGGCAGAGCCGCGGAGGAUGCGCGCCGCGGCCCCCAGAGCCUUUCUCGCCGAGACCGCCCAGACUCGCCGCGCGGGCGUGACCGAGGUCCAGCUUCUGGACACGCCCGUUCUGCCUCGGUGAAAGCGAUCAGGUGAGCUCCGCCGGGAGCCUGCGACUCCCGGAACCCCCACACCUGCGCGUCCCAGAGGGCGCGGCGACAUUCACCUGGCCCAGCAGCCGGAAACGGAGAGCGGCGGGGAUCGGGAAGGACCAUGGCGCUAGCCGCAGCCGCGGCCGCCGCGGCCGCCGGGGUGAGCCAGGCGGCGGUGCUGGGCUUCCUGCAGGAGCACGGCGGAAAGGUGCGCAACUCCGAGCUGCGGAGCCGCUUCAAGCCGCUGGUGGAUGCCGGCGACCCGAGCGGCCGCGCCGCCCGCAGGGACCGCUUCAAGCAGUUCGUCAACGCCGUGGCGGUGGUGAAGGAGUUCGACGGCGUCAAGUUCGUGGUGCUGAAGAAGCUGCGGCCCCGGGAAGAGCCCGAGCCCCAGCAGUCCUGCGUCGCCAGCACCCCCGGGGGAUCCACCCCGCCGUCGACGGUCAUUUCCGUCUCACCCGAAGAAAGCGCUGCCCAGGAGGCUCCGUCUUCGGCCUCGGAGCAGAGCCCCACGGCACCACCCGAGGACCUGACCCCACUGUCAGAGCCACUGGACACCCCUGCCUCGGAGCCCAUUCAGCCAACCCCCGAGCUGCUGUUGGGCCCCGCCCCUCUGCCACGGGGGUCCUCAGAACCCCUGAUUCCAACUUUUGAGUUAGCCCAGCCCCCGGAGGGGUUCUCAGCAGACCUGGCCCCACCGUCCAGGUCCCCUUCAGAGGCGACCUUGUCAGACGCGGAGAUGACGGAGUCGGACUCUGGACCUGCGGCCCCGAAGGAGCCUCCCGCGCCGCCACCCGCUCCGCGGAAGCCCUGCAUGCUGCCGGUGCGCUACGUCCCCGACACCCCAGCUUCGCGCUUUCGGGGGGAGGAACUGGCCCCGCGUCGGCAGCUGUCGGAAGAGCGCAGCCCGCGCAGCUCCCCGCUGCUGCUUCGCCGACUCUCGGUGGAGGAGUCUGGCCUGGGCCCAGGUGUGGGCUUGGGCCGCUCGCCGCACCUGAGGCGCCCGUCGCGCGCCGGCCUGCGUCUGCUGAGCCCCGACACCGAGGAGGUGCCCGCCACCACGUCGCCGUCCGCGGUCCCCCUGGAACCGACCGAGCACGAGUGGCUAGUACGGGCGUCCGGUGGCCGCUGGACCCAUCAGCUGCACGGGCUACUGCUGCGCGACUGUGGCCUGGCGGCCAAGCGCGACUUCGUGUCUGGCUACACCGCGCUGCAUUGGGCCGCCAAGAGCGGGGACCAGGAGAUGGCGCUGCGCCUGGUGGAGGUGGCCCGGGGUGGGGGCGUGCUGGUCGACGUUAACGCGCGCUCCCACGGCGGCUACACGCCGCUGCACCUGGCCGCUCUGCACGGCCGCGAAGACGCCGCGGUGCUGCUGGUGAAGGAUCUGGGGGCGCAGGUUCAAGUGCGCGACCACAGCGGGCGACGCGCCUACCAGUACUUGCCGCCGGGCGCCUCGUACGCGCUGCGCCGCUUACUCGGAGACCCGGGUCUGCCAGGCUACACCGAGUCCGACUCGGCGGGCGGUGGUAGUGGCAGUUUCGCGGCCCGGCGCCCAGUGCAGGUGGCCGCCACCAUCCUCAGUUCCACCACCAGCGCCUUUCUAGGCGUCCUGACCGACGACCAGAAACUCCAGGACCUGGCUCGAGGCUUGAGGAAGUCGGGCUCCCUCAGCAAGUUCUUGGGCGCUUCACCCAUGGCGGCUCGGAAAAAGACAAAGAUCCGCGGUGGCCUGCCAGCCUUCGCGGAGAUCUCCCGUCGACCCAACCCCGCGCCUUUCGCUGGUCUAAUGCCUACUCUGCCUCCCACAACUUGAUCGUCCUGGAGGCUACCUACCACUCGGUUGAUGAAAGCGGGGGCCUGCUCCCCACAGUCUAAGCCUGUCCAGGACAACUCCUCUAUACCUGUGGCUCCAACCCUUUUUCCAACUUGUCGACUGCCUCGUGGACCCACGUCUCCAGCUUCUGACUGAAGCUUGACCCGUCUCCAGACAUGGAGUCAGAAGCCUGGCUUGAAUUUCGGAGGAGACUUGGAAUUUAGGAUCAAAGGUUAAGGGGACAGCAGCUGUCUGGCCCCUGAAUGAGUUAAUCGGAUGCCUCAGUACCUAUACACUCCCAAGCCAGAACUAGAGCAAGGAGCUCUCUAAGUGUUGUGUGAUGUUGGGUUGUCUGUCAGCUUUCAGAGUGCUUGUUUUGUAAUUUGAUGCUUUUAUUCUGUUUUUAAAUUCUA